GUGAAAGAAAGAAACCAUACUCACCCCCCAUACUCACCAUUGAAGGGUAUUUGCAUUUAUCAUGGCUGAUUCGAACAUCCAACCCCCUCGGACCGUUGCCGGUGGUACGGAGACAUUCAUUGAUCAUCCUGGUUCACCCUUAAAUGUUGUUCCACAUAAUCUUUCACCUGUUUUUGCAUUUAAUGAAGAUGAAGAUGCAUCGUUUGAGGUUAGGGUUGUUGAAGAACCUGAACCUAUUUCUUCAGCGUUUCCAGCAUCAGUUCUAAAUCAAAAUUCCACAAAUGAUGAUGAAGAUGGUGUUCAGAAUUGUACUUUUACACAGUUGCUAUCAACAGAGGAGGAAAUGUGUGAAGGUACUCAUGCGAACGAGGAGUUUUAUGUUCACCACACACCCAAUGGCACUAGAAUGUGGUGUCCUAAUGUUCCUAUUGUUUUAAAGCCUGUUGUUGGUUCUGUAUAUGAAACGUGGAACAACGUGUUCAGUAUGUACAAGGACUAUGCUGUUUAUUCUGGGUUUUCUAUUCGUAAGGGGCAAACCAAGAGAUGGAAGGGUUUUGUCACUCACCAGUACAUAAGGUGUACUAAAUAUUCAAAACCACAAAUUAGGCGUAAAACUGAUACCUUGGAGGAGUCAACCUUGACUAUUAGGCAAAGUAAUUUCACAGUGACAGAUUGCAAGGCUAGUAUACUUGUUAAGUUUACUGAGGGCAGCUCUAUGUGCACAGUGGUAGGGUUCCAUGAGCACCACAAUCAUCCCUUUGUUGAGCGUUUUAAUCGUGAUCUAAGUAGGAUUUCAAGGAAACUACCCUUUACAUCCAAACAGUUUAUCCAUAACAUGAGUUUGAACAGAAUUGGUCCAAUUGUUUCUCACAGAGUUUUAGUGUCCCUAAUGGGUGGACAUCACAACGUACGUGGGACGCCAACUGACUUUAAGAACUGGAGCCAGUCGGUUAGGCUUUAUAUUGGUGGCCGUGAUGCGCAACUUGUUAUAGAUCGUUUGAAAGAAAGAUCGGAGAGCUUACCAGACUUUUACUAUGAGUUUGUGGUUGAGAAAGGGCAAUUGAGGUCGAUUUUUUGGGCAGAUGAAAUUUCCAAGAUAAACUACGAGGUGUUUGGUGAUGUGUUAGCUUUUGAUGCGACUUAUCACACUAACAAGUACAACAUGAUUUUUGUUCCUUUCACUGGUGUUGACAAUCAUAAAUAA